AUGGCGACCGACCAGAACGAAGAAGAAGGAGGUUAUCGUUGGUUAAACCAGUAUGAAAGAACAUGGUACGUAUCAUUGAUGUCUUAAGUAUCUGCUGAUAUCUCUCCCGUUUUACAAAUAAACGGCGAUUUGUUUGACACAACUUAAAAGUCUUGCAACUACAACUCGACCAAUCAGCUGAUUAAAAUCUUUCAUAUUAUAUCUAUUGUGACCAGUGUUUUCAUAUAUUCUUGCUGACCGAUCGUUAAAGACCUUUGCCUAAUAAAAAUCAAGAAAUUUUACGGAAUUAAGGGGAAAAAACGAUUUCACUAAUUUCGCCUCUAGAUGGUUGAGAUGUAGAAAAAUCCUUAGCAGCCAUGCAUGGGGUUCAAGGCCCAGGGGGGUACUUUAGGAAUUUCUGGGUGUGGAGGUGCCGCUUGGACCCUGGAGCCCUUAACAUAUACCAGAGCUAGUUCAGCUGAAUUUUGCUACCCUAUACUAGAGUAAACUCCCCAAAUCGCCCCUAUCCUAGAGUAGCUGUUCUCCAGAAACUACUGAGGUCACUAGCACAGUCUAGCCAAAACAAAAUGUUAUACCACAAUCCCUAGUCUAGAUAAAAAUGUGCAACCAACUGAUCAGUUUCCUGAAAAAUAAUACCCUAUUCUAGACCCAAACGCUCUGAUUUAUAUACCCUAUCCUAGAGUAAACUGCGUGAAAACCAUACCCUUCACAGCGGCACAUACCUAUACAGCCCAUAUAUGGCAGUACCCCCCGGGUUCAAGGGUUCUGUCAGGGAAAAGGUUUGGUGCUGAUCGUUGGCUUAAAGUAUAAAAAUGAGAGGUGGAAUGGUGGUUUUGCCUACAGUUGUUAUUGGUUUGCUCCAUGGUAAACUACAGAAAACAGGGGCACUCAACCACCUUUGCAUCCAUUUCUGAGAUGUGCCAUAUAUUUAAUAAGCCACCUUAUUAUUCAUUCAAAAUAUUUCCCCAUUUCUGAUUGGUUGAAACCACAUGCAUAAUUCCCCACAGCCAGCUACUGUUGACCAAAUUUGGCAAGAAUUUUGUCAUAUUGAACCGAUGACUUCAAAAUGACGUCAAAAGUGCAGCCUGGUUGCAGGUUAUUGAACCGUUGACCGUGAAAACCUGGGGAUGAGGUUGAGUUGUUUUGGUAGUUAGAACAAAAUGGCGGAACAGUCGGCGGACGUUUUUACUCGUUUCACAUUUCUACUCAGCCUCAUUCAAUAAUUGCUAAAUGUUAUAAUAUGGGCUAAGCUAUCCACAGCCUGAACACAGAUGGCACUCAACUUCUGGUUAAGUCCAUCUGUGAAACAGCACCAAAAUCCCUGUUCUUGGUAACCACAUGUACAGCAGGAUUUGCGUACAUGCCAUGAGUAGCUUGUUAAAAAUGCCAUUAUCAAUAUUGCCAAUCAGGUUGAAGGGUAAUUGGGAACACUUUUCUGGUCUUUUAGUGUAUUGAGGGCCCAGAAAAAGGAUGUUAGUGUUGUAGUUAAUUUUUUAUCUCAGGUAAUUUUUUAUUUUUGCCUUGUGUCAUCUUCAUUAACACACGUUACCAUACCCAAAGAUAAAAGAAAAAGAAAAAUUACCUGAGAUAAAAAAUUAACUGCAACACCAGCAUUGCUUUGUAGACGUUACUAACUGGUGUUCUUGGUUACAUCAGUGAUGCAAGUUAGUCAUCCACUGCCAAAUGAAACCUUCAGUUAUGCAGGCCCAUGUUGAUAUUAGACUCCCUGCAUUUUUACACAGACAUGACUGUCAGUUAGUUUAUUUGCCACAGCUUUGAUAUUCCUUUCUUGCCUUAAAGGGAAGUUAUUCAAGAAGAUGCAGAGGGCUCACUUCAGACUGUGGUUGAUGAGAUAUCACACAGGACUAAAAGGCGAAGGUGCGUGACUGGUUCUGCCAAUGAAACUGCUAGAUAGUCAUAACUUGAGUACAAGAAACUGAUAUUUGGGUUGUCACUAAGGCAGAGAUGCCAACCUCCAGAGAUCUAAAAUCUGGAGAUUCUUUCUUUUGCAGUACACUUCACCCUCCCCCGCCCCCCACCCACAAACUAACCCAGCCACUAAAUUAUGACAUGGGAAUGGCUUAGGACAUUAUAUGAAGUCUUACGUGAAAUUCAUACCAUCAAAAUUCGCUUGCGUCAUUGUAAUGAGGAAAUAUUAAAUCUUUACCAGUGACUUAAUAUGACCAAAAAUGUCCCAGAAACAGUACAAUGAAUUAAAAAGGUUCAAAUUUUGAGAAAAAAAUGGGCUAAAUUUCAAACUAAAGCACAGAAAAACUCAAAAGUCCAUUUUAUCCAGGAGAUUUGGUAACCCAUACAGGAGAGCAAGGGAUCAGUGCCGUAUCUGGGAGACUGCCGGAUGAUACAGGAGAGUUGGCAUGUAUGCUAAAGACCAUGCGGUGGAUUUCCUCUGGCUCCUAUGAACUUGAUCCCCAGCUACUUUCAUAGGAGACAAAAGAAAAUUAUAAUGAAUAGAACUUCUUAGCUUCAAUUCCCUGCCUACUAAUUGCACCCUGGCAGCAAGUCUAGCCAGAUAUAAAGAAAUCCAUGGUCACCCAUGGUCUUAAAUGGCACUGAAUGCCUUUUAAUUAACACUGAUAUUUGCAUUUUGUUUCAGACUUAUGGGGAGAAGCAGCAACAUUCGACUUGGGAUGGUAAGGGAAAAAUACAUAACAAAAUUAUAAAAUUUUGUUGCAUACAUGGUUUAUACUUGUAAUGCCUUCAUGAAUGUUUUAUUCAGUAUUGUUUUCUUUUUGUAAUUUUUGUGAUUUUAGAUGCGCCAUCUCUUUGUUGUUGUGGACAUGUCUCGAGCAAUGGAAGAAGCAGAUCUGAAACCCUCCCGUCUUGCCUCUUCUGUGAAGGUGAGGAUUAUUACUGUUAAAUGUUGUACAAUACAUGUAGGUAUAAGAAAUGAAGUCUAACUAUAAACUGUUUUGUUCCAGAAAAUAUCCAUACACCCCCAUAGAAUGGUUUUCUGGUUUGAACACCCUCCCUGUUGGAAAUUCCGGUUUAGUUUCAUACUUUUUUUUCUAAUUUUGGCCCUUGAGACCCCGCUCUAACAGUCAUGGUUGUCAGAAAGUUUUGAAGUAGACGGCUGAGUUGUCAAAGUAAGCGGCCAGUCCAGGGAUAUUUUAGUUAAAAAAAGCCAUCCAUAAAGAAAUGCCAAGCAGAGUAGCUGGCCAAGAGUAGUUACCAAGUAGGUUAGCGGUGUCAGCGAUUUUUGCUGGCAGCCAGCUACUUCUGACAACCCUGAACAGUAUGGACGACUGUCAACCAUACUUGUCAUUUCAAUCCCAUCUAUUCUGAGUCUAGGGAAGAAAACCUCAGAUUCAUUUGAUGGAGGCAUCCUAGUAGACAGUCCGUCAUUUGUUCAGUCUCUGACAUUAUAUGUAAUGGAGAUUAAAAGUGGCUUCAUAGCCAGCUUCAGCUUGGAUCUCAGACUCAUUUUUGUAUAUUUUUUAGGUAUAUUUUAUGCACUUUCUGCAAGACCAAAAAUACAAUAAUUUAGAUGUUAUGUUCUGCAUUAUGUACACUGGUACUAUAGGGCUAUAUGCAAGAUGUAGUACUAUUAAAAAGAACUGCAUUGUUUAUUUUUUCCUGUGUUUCUUAUUCUUUUAGCUUUUAGAGGAUUUUAUAACUGAAUAUUUUGAUCAGAAUCCUAUUUCACAGGUAAAUAUUAUUGCAAAGUACUUUCAAACACUGGCUUGAAUUUUAUCAGCCCGUCCGUGUUAAUUUGUUUUUUUUUUUUUCAAUUCCCAUGUUUUAAUCUUGCUAUACAUUGUUCUCUGCAAUUUAUAUUUUUGUGGCACAUCCAGAUUGGUCUUAUUGUGACCAGGAACAAGAGAGCUGAGAAAAUAACAGAAUUAAGUGGUGAGUUUUUAAAUCAAGUGGAACAAAUAGGGCAAACCUUUGUCCAUGUUAUGGUGGGGAAUGAAAUAUUUUUGUUGCAUGCUUAAGCAAUUGCAGGUCUACAUGGCAGAACAAUUUCUUAAAACACAAAAGAGAUGUAAACGCAUAUUUAAAUAUAAGUUAUUUUUCGUCAUUGUCUACCUGCACAGGUAACCCACAGCUGCAUACCAGCAGUCUUCGCAAGGCUGCGAGUAAGGCUUGCACAGGGGAACCAUCUUUACAAAAUGCCAUGGAAGUUGCCAUUCAGUCACUAAGGUAACAUACAACUGUAGUUUAUUUCAGUUCAUUGUAGCCAAAGUGUUUCUAGAGGUUAUUAUUUUUGUCAUUUAUUUGUUUAACUUUUUGUGUUUUGGGGGUGUAAAUCAGAUACAAUUCAUUUUUCUGCAAUUAAAUGUAGGCACAUGCCUAGUCAUGCCAGCAGGGAAAUCCUCAUUUUGUUUGGUAGCCUGACAUCAUGUGACCCUGGAGACAUCCAUGAGACAAUACAGGUAAUAUAUCUAAGUUACUGGCAACUACAUGCAGGAUAAAUUUUAGCUAGUCCUUUGGAAAAGCAGUGCUUAAAUUUUGCUUACCCAGGCCCAUUGCAUCCUUGUCUAAUUAUAUGAUUUAUCAGCCUCAGACUUGACCCUGAUUUAAUUUCCAAGAGUGAGCAACAUCAGUUUUGUUUUUGUUUUGUCACAAGGAUGACCUUCUAUGAGAAACUGUUGAUUGGGUAAGAAAUAAGUGCCCAUUGUCUGUAUUAACAGGUGUCUGUAUAAUUGAGCGGGUUGAAAUUAGAAAAAAUGCAAGGGCUUUCCCCAAUGACAAAGAAAACUGUCUGUAAUAAUAUAUUGAGGUGUCCGUAUUAAGCGGAUGUCUGGUACAUAAAGUGGGGUUCGACUGUAUGUACUAACUUUUAUUGAAAUGAUUUAGACUUUACAACAGCAAAACAUACGAUGCUCUGUGAUUGGACUGGCGGCAGAAGUGCGAGUUUGUAGAACAGUUUGUUCUGAGACACAGGGUGAGAAAGAUCAUGCAAUGUGAAAUUUUAAAGUGAAGGAUAAAAAACCUUCUUUAAAAUUUACAUUUCUUGCUGUUAUGUUGAAAUUAAUAGGCAGCUAUGGAGUGAUUUUAGAUGAAAGACAUUACAAGGAACUUCUAAUGCAGCAUGUAAUUCCACCUGUGGCGAAGGUAUGCACAAGUUAAUUAUUUUUCCCUUGUUCUUGUACUUAGACUGUUCACAAUCACCUAUUUUUCCGUAAGGUACUUAUGAAACCAAGAUGGCCACCCAUAAGGGAAAUUGCUCAAUCUAGACGAUCUUAUUCGAAUUCUAAAUUUGUUUAAUAUGCAAAAGGCAUGACCCAUCACAGUAGAUGUGCAAAUGUGCUUGUGCCAGUGCUAAAAUAUGAGGCAAGGUGUGAGGUUUGAAUUAAUAAUGAUAAUGAUGAUGAUGAUGAUGAUGAUGAUAAUGAUAAUGGUAACAAUAAUGAAAGUUCUGGACUAUCUUGUACUGCAAAUUCUAAUUAGUGUUUUGCCAUAAGUUAACAAGUCAUUGUCAUAGCAUAUUGCCCUCACUAGCUUUGUUCUCAAUAUUAAUUUAAAAGAUUCUAAAAACUUUGCAAUAAGACGAUCUAUUCAUAAAGUAACAUCAAAAAGUGUAUUCUUUUUGUUACAGGUCGACACUGAAGCUGCUUUGAUACGAAUGGGUAAGAACUCUUUUAGAGUAAACAUGCACUAUUGGCCAUUUUUACUGUUGCGUACGAGACUGGGUCAGCUUUGUGUCAGAUUGUAAUCCCAUAGUGCAGUUUGACACACAGUGAACAGCCAACAAGUAAACGCUGUAGAACACUCGUACUCAUGAUUUAGUUCUUUAAUAACAAAACAGCACUGUCUUUCCUUGAUUUGAAUAUCAUUUUCUCACAUAACCGUUUUGUAUCUUUGUAGGUUUUCCUCAACAUCUUUCAAGUGGACCGCCUUCCUUAUGCAUGUGGUGAGAAUAUCUUUUAAAGAACUUUUAAAAGUCAGAUUGUUAGAUUUAGUGUUAGAAGACUAAAGGACAGUACCUGAGCUCUGAGACCCUCUUAAAAUUUAAUGACUGAGCGCGUAUCAUGAGUGAGGAACAUCGAAAAUAUGUAUGAUGUUGAUUUAAUGCACCCUUUCAUUGUUUCAGAACCAGCAGGUCGUUUUUGUGUUUACUGAAGUUAAAAAGUAGCAUUAUCCUAGUUUCUUCGCAAUCUUGCAUUUAGCAAGACUCAAGUGUGGAUGAUUAAUUAAUAACUACUUUGUAUUCUUCACGCUUCCCCGGUAUACACAAACCAAAUUAAUGACCAGCUCCCAGUUGGCUUGUUAGCUUAAUUGGUUAGAGGGCUGCGCCAGUUCCGCAGAGGUCUGGGUUCGAAUCCCAGCAAGCCUGAAUGUUUUCAGGCUUUUUUUUGCAACUGCGUAAGUUAUGAAUUUAACUGUGGUGAUAAAAAACAUUGCUAACAAGGUUAUGAUUGUUAAGGGAAUUUUCUUGGAGUUUUCUGCAAUAAUGUUUGUAACAUUUAAGUGUUAUGUUCAACUUUAUUUUUGUUGUUGAAAAAGGUUAUGGAUUUGUAGAAAUAAACCACACAGUAUAAUAACACUGAAGACGUUUAUGCGCCAUUUAUCUAUUUAUUGUGUUCUUUUCUUUCAGUCAUUUGGAUGUCAACGGAGGGGUUAAAGGUUUCAGUACAUCAGGGUAUUUUUGUCCACAGGUAUGUCAAGUUGCUGAAAUUUCUGAGCAACAACGUCAACCUCAAAUUGGCUAGAAUUUAGAUUCUUGACUUGAUUUAUGACAUGGUUUCGAUUUAUAUGACAUGACAGUGAAACCAACAAUUCAGCUGACUCAAAAACGGCUGCAGUUUUUUGCCAAAUGAUGUUGACGUAUAGUCCGUGGCUCUACUGUCAUUGGCGCCUUAAAAACCAACAUCCCUCAUUACCUUUACCGUGUAGCACUUAUUAUUUCCUCACUUAUAAGUGUUGGCCGUGACUGUGCUCACAUGGUGGGUGGCUCCUCCUAACUGGAUUUAAUGGAGACGAAACCAAUUGUGGAAUUGCACGCAUUUUAGGCAUCCUAGUGAUGAACAGUUGCAACACGUAGAUAUAUAUUUUUCAGCAACUACUAUAAUUUGUAGUCUUUCCACUUUGAAUUGCAGUGUAAAAGCAAGUACUGUGAUUUACCUGUAGAAUGUAAAGUAUGUGGUAAGUAACAUACGGGUGUAGUGGUUUAAAUAAUAGCUUUUGCUACAUUCUAAACGUAUAGGUGCAACCGGGUCUCAGGACACUUCGCCACGGGCACCCCACCUGGGGAUUGUUCCCUGAAAAAUAUAACCUUGAAAUUAAGUCUUACUUAGACGGCAAUCGUAGAACGUCAACUUUUCUCACAAAUGAGUAAUUUUUAGAAGAUAAAUUCUUCCUAGUCUUCACUAUAAUAUUUUUCAUUUUGUUUUAACACUACUUAAGUCUGUUUUAAUAACGGUCCCACGAGUUUAGGUCUAGUUGAAAUGAGGAAGAGAGACACUUUCCGUAUAUAAUCGACCCUUCGUUGUAAAAACGGCCGUAAGUCUGGAGACGUAACGGUCAAACAAAGCUUUGACGAAAGCUUUGCUACUGUUUUUUUAAAAUAUAUAUAUAUAUAUAUAUUUGUUAUUUUAUUGUUUUAAGGAAGAAGGUUGCGUGUCCAGCUGGGUGCAAACUGGUGAAAAUCUCCUUUCUCAUUUUGCAGGCUUAACUCUUGUAUCAGCUCCUCAUCUGGCUCGGUCCUACCAACAUCUUUUCCCUCUACCGCAGUUCACAGAAAGAGAUUUGCCAGCGAUCGAGGACAAUCAAAACAUCAGGUAGUAGAGCAAAAGUUGUGCUGCUGUAUUACUUAGUAUUUCUGUCGUAAUUAAUAGGCGGUGAUCUAUUCGUUUCUUUUUGAAAGACAUUUUUAUCAAAACACACUGCAAUGUGCUAAAUGUAGUUUUCAUUCCAAUUUUGCUACAUCCAGUUGCAAGUAUACUUCAUCUUGAUCUUGUGCUUGUGCAAGGUUGUUAGCAAUACGAGACUAUGUUCUUAGGUUACAUGUGCGGUUCGACUCCAGUAAAUUCCCUAUGGGCCAACCCAAAGCAACCCAAAACGAAGUUCUAUACGGACGUGAAGACGUUUUCGUGUGCACAAACUAGCUUGGCAACCAAACCUCCCAACCUUUUGCGAAAACUAGAUGACAGCUUAGCAACGAACAUUAUUUCGUCACUUGCCACAGUGAAAAAGCCUGUAAUGUGAGUUUCGGUCCACACAUCGCAAAGUCCAGCCGGAGGAAAAGACAAAUUAUUAUUGUUGAGGCGAUUGUUCACUCACUCGUAUUUAAAUUUCUCUUCUUGUAGACAGAACCACUGUUUUGCCUGUCAGAAAGAAUUCACGGAAAAUGCUGUAAGUUACUUUUUGUCUGUUUCCUUGUUCUUAACCGUCAAGAACUCGACCGAAGUUUCACUGAUCUGUUAGGGCUUGAUUUAAAAUAGAUUUUUAUUAUUUUUUGUAACACUUUAUUGACAUUUAGCGGUAACAACAAAGGACUCAAUACCAUAGCUUUCUGGUUAUUCUAACCCACCACGUAAUAGGCUCAUCUACCUGUAAACAAAAAAUAUUACAUCCGAUUAUAAGUCCGACUGGAAACAAGUCCCCCUUUAGCUUGUAUUGAAAAGAAUUCGAUUUAUUAAAACGUUUUGAAGCCUGAAAAAAACAGUAAGUGCAAAACUAUUUUGUCCAGCACUGCUAAAGCUCCGGUAUAACGGGCAGCAGAAAAAGACAACUUGUUUUGCAAUAUUGCAGCAAAACGAGUUCAAAAGCAAUGGUGCGCGUUUUACCAGCCACGUUCAAACAUGUUAACAACCUGAUUUGUUGCAAGACAGGUUUGAUGUGGCUGGUAAAACGCGCACAUCGGUAUUCAACUCGUUUUGCAGCAAUGUUGCAAGACAAGUGAGGAGGCAGCGUGGCAGAGCGGUUAGAGCGCUGGACUUACAAUUCGAAGGCCCCGAGUUGAAGUCUCGCUCUGACUGCCAGCUGGAUUUGUUCUCGGUAGUCCCGAGUUCAAAUCCUCGGCCACGGUUGUAAAUAAAAAAAAAUAAAAAAAAUGGUUUGCCUCCGGCCAGUUGGGAUUGUUAACCCUAUCGUGUUUGAUUAAAGUUAUUUGUUUCAGGAUUUUCUGGCCCCACUAGCAUUAGUGCUAUAAACACCGCUGAGGAUAAAUAACGGAAAUUUAAGUUGCAUGUUUUUUGUUGCCCGUUUUUCUGUACCUUAAAGCUUGCUUAUUCCGGUUUCAAGCCCCUCCCUCCUAAAACCCUUACGAAAAUGUAUAAGCCCAGGGCUUAUAAGCGGCAAUUUACGGUAGACAAGAGACAAAUGAAGAAUAUUUUACAGCUUUGAGUUCGCUGAUGCGCUUUUGAAAAUCAGGCAGUAAGUAAAAUAACUUUAAUUUUUUUUCAGGUUUAUCGCUGUCCUCAGUGUGAACAUCUGUUCUGUAUGGACUGUGACAUCUUCAUUCAUGACUCUCUACACAGCUGUCCCGGAUGUAUUGCCACCCCACAGGGGGAGGGCUGAGAGCUUUCGUAGUUGUAAUAUUAUUUAUCUAUCGCCUGCAAUAGAGACGUUUGAUGCCAACUUUGUGAUGACCGCUUCAUUUUAUAAUAAAACUGCC